AUGGAGGACUCUGGAGGCCGUCACUCACGCUGGGAUGACUUCAAAAUAACUGAGAAGGAGAUUGCCCAGGCUGAACAGAAGAGAAUAGCAGCCAAGGGCUGGGUGACAAGGGAACGUAAGAAGCUGACAGGGCUACUUGAAGAACAUGGAGUGUACCAACUUGCGCUAGAGGCAGCGAUUGGAGCUCUUGACAGGAGAAUAGCUGCCUUUGAGGAGGUUCAACUAACCAUGGAAAUGCUACUUCCACUGGACAAGGUCGAAGAGGAUGUGGAAAAGACAGGCUUAUUCAUGGACAUUGUUGAAAAGGUAAGGCUGCAAGCAUCAAGGCGUCUGGCAUCCCUCAUGCCACCACCAGGAGGUUUUCCCGACGACACAGUGUCGCAGUCAGCAUCACCAUCAUCAGGAGCAAGGGCGCAGCUUCCAAAAUUGGAGCUUCCGACGUUUACUGGUAACCUAGAAGAGUGGCUGUCCUUCUGGGACCAGUUUCAAGCCUUGGUAUAUGGCAUGUUCCUUACACCUAUUAUCCUCUCACGUCUCCCAUCUGGCCUGAGGAUGGAGUGGGCUAGAGACGGAGAGGGUCACGAGAGUGAUCUUGAGUUUCUACUUGCUUUUCUCAAGAAGGAGAUUGAACGCAGGGAGCGAUCCGAGGUGUUCCAGAAUAGAUCAUUUGUAUCAAGUAAUCUUGUGAAGAAAAUAAAGUCCAAGUGGGUCGCAGCUGAGCCUAUUGUGUAUUCUGCCUUUGGAGGUGUUUGUAGUUUCUGGGAGUUAGAGGCUGUGGGGAUUAGUUCCAAUGAGGCCGCCAUAUCGCAGGCUGUCCAUCCUGACCCUGUACUAAGGUCCUUUUCUGAAUCUGUCGAGUUUGUCGAUGGCAGGUAUCAGGUGUCACUGCCUUGGAAAUCAGAGAAAGCCAAAGGUUUCCUGAGUCCGUUUAUCAUGUCUGCAGAGAUACUGUUUCGGGAAAUGUGGAGGUUAGGAGUCCAGUGGGAUGAUGUUUUGCCUGAUAGCAUGCAACACCAGUUUUCUAGGUGGGUUGCCGGUAUUGACUAUCUGAAAUCUUGGAAGAUUCCCAGAUGCUAUUCAGUUGCGAAAGCUAAGGUUGCUCCUAUUAAGAAAUCAGAUAUUGCCAAUUUCCAGGUUCCUGACAUAUCAACUCAGGAUUUGAAUGACCGGGAAAUUGUUCGUCAAGCCCAGCUUGAAAGGUUCUGGAAUGUAUGGACAGAUGACUAUCUUAGAAAUCUUUCCCCUGCUGUCAAGGGAUUUUUGCCUCAGUGUGCUCUCAAGAAGGGGUCUGUAGUUCUUGUUAGGGAGGACCACAUUCCUCGAUUAUCAUGGCCUCUUGGAAUUAUUGUCGAGGUGUUCCCUGGUAGGGACGGACUAAUCAGAAGUGUCAAAGUUAAAACUGCCAAAGGGUGCUCCGACUCGGACAGCCUCGUGAUUCCUGAACAAAGGACUACAGUAGACUGUGUGGAAAGUACUGUAGCUAUGGCUCUGCAACGUCUCCCUCCACCUUCGAAGUUAGAAUUUAAUUCUAAGACCGGGGCCAGUCUUGCGAAUGACUGGAAGAAGUGGAGGGAAGAGUUUGUACUGUAUGCUGAACUAGCACUCAAAGAACACGGAGAGAGUGAGAAAAUAAAAACGCUGAAAUACCUGAUAGGCCCUGAAGGUCGCGAAAUUUACACGACACAGAGAUGGGAGCAGGAGGAGGAAGACAGAACGAUAGAAAUUGUUCUCCGACAAUUUGACACAUACUGUCAACCGAAGAAAAACGAGACUAUAGAGCGUUUCAAGUUUAAUAUGCGUGUACAAGGUGACGAAACACUUGAGAAAUUUAUCACCGAUGUGAAGACGCUAUCUCAAACGUGCAACUUUGGGGAUCUAGCUGACUCCUUAGUGCGAGAUAAACUGGUAUGCGGUGUAAAAGACCAGCAUCUGAGAGAAAGGCUAUUGAGAACUCCUGAGCUAACACUGGAUAAAACUAUUGAGCUAGCUAGAGCAGCAGAGCUCACGAAACAAAAUGUAAGCACUUUAGAUGGAGGUGCAGCUGCAGAGGCAGAAGUACACAAAGUGAGGUAUACACAAAGGAAGGUGUACCGUAGUCCAGACUACAAAGGUAGAAAGGGACACCCUCACAAGGAAGAGAAACCAAACGCUAGAGAAUGUUUGUACUGUGGCAAGACACAUGUACUGAAACGAGAGCUAUGUCCUGCGUAUGGACAAAUCUGCAGAAAAUGCCACAAACCGAACCACUUCGAGGCAAAAUGUGAAAGUCUGCACAAGGGGAGAAACCAGCCUCGCUGGAAUAGUAAAGGUGCGAGACAGCAUAUCAACGUAGUCACGGAUGAUUACGAUGUGGAGAAUUAUCAUGAGCUCCUCGUUGUUCAUGAACAACCUCGCAAAGAUCACGACGAAACCUGUAAUUCUGUGCGGGCGUCAGGAGAAAUCUUUGCAGCCUUGGACGUGGGUGGUCGACGGGUUAACUUUCAAGUGGACAGUGGUGCAACGUGUAAUAUUAUACCGAAGGACUUGGUACCACGAAAUGCAGAAAUGAGACCUACGAGGAACAUCCUUAGAAUGUUCAACAGGACCACUGUUACUCCAAUGGGGAAAUGUCUACUAGAGAUACAUAACCCCAAGAAUGGAUCAGUACACACAGCAGACUUUGUGGUGGUGAAUGAAAAGUGCACACCUCUGAUCGGGAACGUGCUGAUACAGAAUAUGAACCUUGUUACAGUACAGCAUCAAAACAUUCUUAGUGUAGAGAAUGUACCUGAACCUCACACGUCGUCAGACAUUGUAAGCGAGUUCGCGGAUGUCUUCAAGGGUACGGGAAGAUUUAAAGGGACAUACCACCUGAGUGUCGACCCUGAUGUAAUUCCGGUCGUACAUCCUCCUAGGAAGGUCCCUAUUGCGAUAAAGGAUCGGCUGAAGGAUGAACUGGACAAGCUUGAGAGCAUGGAUGUCAUAGCUCCUGUGACCGAACCUACUGCAUGGGUGUCAAGUAUGGUGACGGUAGUGAAACCGGAGAAGCUCCGUAUUUGCAUAGACCCUAAAGACCUGAACAAGGCACUAAAGAGAAGUCACUAUCCUCUUCCGACUAUCGAGGAGAUCUUGCCGAGCUUACACAAUGCCAAAGUGUUCAGCGUAUUGGACGCAAAGAAUGGAUUCUGGCACGUAGAACUAGACAAAGAGAGCUCGCUACUCACUACAUUUAACACUCCAUUUGGGAGAUAUCGCUGGCUUCGGUUGCCGUUCGGUAUUUCAUCAGCACCAGAAGAAUACCAGCGAAGGCAGGACCAGGCUGUUGAGGGUCUGCCUGGCGUGCACAGUAUUGUGGACGACAUCUUGGUCUAUGGCGAAGGGGACUCUGAGAAGGAAGCCAUCGCAGAUCAUGACGUUAAACUGAGGAAUCUACUGGAAAGGUGUCGUGCGAUUGGGUUGAAGCUCAAUAAGGGCAAACUCCGACUUCGACAGAAAGAAGUUCGCUUCAUCGGUCACCUAAUCACAGCUAAAGGUCUCAAGCCAGAUCCGGCGAAAGUGAAAGCAGUCACAGAGAUGCCGGAACCGACAGAUGUUGCUGGCGUGCGUCGAUUCAUUGGAUUUGUGACGUACCUGAGUAAGUUCUUACCUGGACUGAGUGACCAGUGUGAACCACUAAGGAAGCUGACACAGCAAGACAUGGAGUGGUGCUGGCUGGAAACACACUCAAAUGCGGUGCGCGAGAUAAAACGACUGGUGACUUCGCAACCAGUACUGCGUUACUUUAAUGCAAAGGAAGAAGUGACUCUACAAUGUGAUGCAUCGGAAAAAGGACUGGGAGCCGCUCUCCUUCAAAAUGGUCAACCGGUUGCAUUCGCAAGUCGAGCACUCACAGAUGUAGAAACGCGCUAUGCGCAAAUAGAGAAAGAACUCCUUGCAGUGGUGUUCGGACUCGAGAGAUUUCACCACUACACGUACGGUAGGCAGGUCACCGUCCAGAGUAAUCACAAACCUCUCGAAAAGUCUCUUCACUCCGCUCCGAAGCGUUUACAGCGAAUGCUGCUACGUUUACAGAGGUACACGUACACAGUAAUGUAUCACCCUGGAAAGUCAAUGUACCUAGCGGACACUCUCAGUCGCGCUUUCUUGGUAGACAAAGAUGCUCAACUGUAA